AUGGCUUCUUCAAUCGCCAACUUGUGCAAUACAAUCAUUGGCACAGGCAUGCUAGCCACUCCUGGUGCAUUUCGAUAUACAGGUCUUUUGCCGGGCAUGUUCCUCAUCAUCCUUUGCGGCUUCACUUCGGCUGCUGGCUUGAUCUUACUAACGAUGUGUGCAGAUACUUUGGGUGGACGCAAGAAUAGCUUUUUCAGCAUAGCUCUUAAAACGAUACCAAACGGUGCAAGAUUUUUCGACGCAGCAAUCGCUAUCAAAUGCUUCGGAGUCAGUAUCUCAUACCUUAUCAUUUCAGGACAAUUGAUGCCACAAGUCGUUCUUUCUUUUGCAAAAGCACUCAACAGUCACGAAACUUUACCGGGCUUUUUGUUGGACCGCAGCUUUUGGAUCUUUGCUUUCAUGGUUGCCCUUGUCCCUCUUUGUUUCUUGCGCAGACUUGAUUCACUACGGCAUACCUCAUACCUAAGCUUACUAGCAGUGAUGUAUCUGGUCAUCAUUGUGCUCUACUACAGUCUUCCCUCCAAAAAAGAACACUUACCCGAACCUGGCCCGAUCUAUAUCAUCAACAUCGAUGGACAUCAUUUCUUAUCCGUCUUUCCCGUCUUCGUCUUUGCUUUCACUUGUGCUCAAAACAUGUUACCGGUUCACAAUGAAAUGCGGGCAGCACGACCUUUACACUUCUUCCGCACCCGUAAAGCAAUCUUUUCAAGCAUCUCACUAGCAGGAACAGUAUACUUGAUCGUGGGAGUGUUGGGCUAUGUCUCAUUCGGAUCCAACGUUGGCGCAAAUAUCAUUACGAUGUAUCCCGAUACUAGCUUGUUCGUUUGCUUUGGUCGUGUAUCAAUUGUGAUCUUGACACUUUGUAGCUACCCUCUCCAGGUGCAUCCCUGCCGAGCUGCUCUAGACAAGGUCUUGGCACCCAGACGAGCCUCUUUGGACAGUUUACCCUCCACACAGUUAAACGGAAUACCCGAUACACAUUACCGGGACGAUGAAGGCAACAUAUCGAGCGAUAAUGCGGGUCAUGAUUCUGUGGAUGUUCCACCUCAGUUGGCGGCAAGUAACAAUGCUCAGUCGGAAAUGUCGAUUCAAAGACUGUGCAUUUUGACCGGAAUCAUUCUUACGGCAACUUUCAUCAUCGCCCUCAUUGUAGACGAUCUUGGGUUGAUCUUGGGAUAUGUGGGAAGUGUGGGAUCUACAACAAUCUCUUUCAUCUUGCCCGGACUCUUGUUCAGCUCUUUGCAUAAAGAUGGCAGCCGUGCCAAAUUUAGAAGGUUGGCUCAAGGCUUGGUCGUGUAUGGUGUGCUGGUGAUGAUCAUGUGUCUAGCAGCCAACAUACUAAAAUCCGUUAGGAAUAUACCCUCAAAAGCAGAUGCGGAAGCAUUUGCUAUUGAAACUCGCCGUCUUUCCUCAUUGGUUCUUUAA